CAAUUCUUUAGCGCCGUUAAAACAAGUCCAAAACCCGGUACCGGCCGUCAUUGACGUUCAGGGGACACACCGAUAUGUGGGAUCGGGGUGUCCUCAACCCAAGUGUCGCAUUGUCAGGGUGAUGUGUGUCGGGAAUAUGAGGGAAAUGGAAGGUCAGUUGUUGGUAUUUUGAGAUCGGACACCCGCACUUGCGGCACGUACCUUUCCCUUUUUGGUAACUCGCCUAUGCUGCUGCCCCGGGUCAGGAGAGCGCCUGCAGGAUCAAACGUCCCCUCCCUAGGAAAUGUGGGUCGCCAAACACUGGCCUGUCACCGUGAAUUUGCUGUUUGAUCAUCGGCACAAGUUGAAGUCAUCGCAGAAGGACAAGGUUCGGCAGUUCAUGUCCUUCACGCAGGCCGGGGAGAGGACAGCCGUGUACUGCCUGACGCAGAAUGACUGGAAACUAGAAGUUGCCACAGACAACUACUUCCAGAAUCCAGACCUGUACUACAAAGAAUCCAUGAAAACCUCAGUGGACCGCAAGAAGCUGGAACAGCUCUACAGCAGAUACAAAGAUCCCCAGGAUGAGAAUAAGAUUGGCAUUGAUGGGAUCCAGCAGUUCUGCGAUGACCUGACCCUGGACCCAGCUAGCAUGAGCAUACUUGUGGUGGCGUGGAAGUUCAGGGCAGCCACGCAGUGCGAGUUCAGCAGGAAAGAGUUCCUGGAUGGCAUGGCCGAGCUAGGCUGUGACAGUCCUGAAAAACUCAAGGCAAUCCUUCCCAGGCUAGAGCAGGAGCUGAAAGACACAGGGAAGUUCAAGGACUUCUACCAGUUUACCUUCAAUUUUGCCAAGAACCCCGGACAGAAAGGUUUAGAUCUAGAGAUGGCUGUUGCUUACUGGAAUCUAGUUCUCACAGGUCGCUUCAAGUUUUUGGACCUGUGGAACCGCUUCCUGCUGGAGCAUCACAAGCGCUCAAUUCCCAAGGACACAUGGAACCUCCUUCUGGACUUUGGCAAUAUGAUUGCAGACGACAUGUCAAACUAUGAUGAGGAAGGGGCGUGGCCUGUCCUUAUAGAUGACUUUGUGGAGUUUGCUCGCCCGAUUGUGACGGGGAAUAAGCGCAACAUGACAUAGUGUUUGUCCCGGCGUCAAGCAGCGGAUGUAGUUUGUGUUUCUCCCAAAUUUUCUUUUUUUGAAUGAGGAUUUUUAUACAAAUGAGCCAAAAAGAGACUACUUCUCAAUAAGCCUGUCUGCAGCUUGUCGUCAAGAUAACUUGAAUGCAUAACUGCAUAAAGAUGCCUUGGCUGGCUGGGGAGUGACGUGGAACACCAGAUCAAAGAGAAAAGCAGGAGGGGGAAUCAACAGGACAGACAGUCCUUGUAAUUGCAAUAUGGAAAUGAUGGGUACCCUAAAACUCGUCACUCAUGGGCAAAUCACCAGUGGGCGUGGCUUUGAACUGCUGCUGUAGACUUGGCUCACUAACCUGCACCCUUUGGCACAAUGAGGAGGGACGGUAACGGUGAACCUUCAGCACACAGAGGAUUAAGUUAUGCAGUAGGAUGUGGCCUCUUACGUUGUCAAUUGUGAAUGGAACAGUCUGUUAAAAUCUGCAUGUUUUUUGUCAGCUAGUGUGACAGUGCCAAGGAUGUUUUAGGAGGAAAAAAAGUAAUCCACAUUAUUUUCACUGAGAUUUGCGAAUGUGUAGCUCUCUAACAAUCACAGUGAGAGCAGAGAGAAAGUGUGGCUUGGUCAUUAUUGUGUGUGUGUGUGGGUGCGGAUGAGUGUGUGUGUUUUGUGGGGGUUUAAACAUAUUGCCUCUUUUACAAUACAAUGCUAAAUAUUUUCAUUUGGUUUUAUUAUUAUUAGAAGUUAAGAAAUUAUGAUUCACCUUAACUGAGCGACAGUGAGAAAAGUUCGGAUCCACAUUUUGUAUUCACACUGAGAAUUGGACAGAGCAGCAUGCUUUUUUUUGUGCUCAGCACCAGCAGAAUCACUGUUGUUACAGUUGUAAAAUACUGUACCUAUAGGAAUAAGAAUAGAUUCAGUUUUAGAAGAAAGAAAGAAAAAUGUAUAUCUGAGAAAACAGGUAAUGGCAUUUAUAAUCGUGACUAGUACAAAAGAAGCAUUUAGGAUCAUUUUUAAGGAUGCUACUGCGUUACGCAUUUGGUUGACUUUAGUUUUGCGGUGUGUAAACUGCUGUACACAAAGAGAAACUGACUGGCAUGUGGACUGUUUUCUAUUAACCAGGUGACGAUGAUUUGCCAACUCCACAAACUGCACUGAUUUACCACUUUUUCUGUUGUAGGGUUUCUUUAUCAGGCAGUGCUGCAUACAGCUACUGAGUUUACAUGAAGUUCACUUGCAUACCAGACUUUUUUUAAAAUGAACGUCUACAUCCCAGCCAGGAGUCUUUUUAUUGUCCGUUUACACUGUUUGAGGUUUUAGUCCGUUGCUUUUUAUGGAGUAGCAACUGCAGGGCAAGAUUGGUAUGUAAAGUACCAUAGAACUAUCACAGCGAAAAGUGAGAGGCACUGCUUGCGCUGCCAUCUAGGGGUAGCUGUGCAGCAUUUCUCAAUGUUCCUUCAUCCAAUGUUACAUCACAGCUGGAUGUGGUCACAAGUAUAUGAAAACUGAGCAAACCCAGCUGUAAGGAUCAGUUUGUUCAGAACACUUGAGCCUUUUAACCCAUGGGGGGGGGGGUGAAUGCAGCAGUGCUUUUACUGUUACUCAUAUAUGUAAUUAUAAACACUAAAUAACUCUAUUUGCUAAAUGCAGCCCCUUUUUCUGCUAAAGAGUGACAGAAGGUAGAGCUCAGGUACCAGUCGUCCUCUCCCAGUCACAGUGAGCAGCAGGUGGCUUCCUGUACUUAUGUCAGUAUUUGCCAUGCUUUCUGUUCUAAACGGCAAAAGCAUAAUGCUGUCUGGUUCUGCCAAUUGUCACUAUGAUAAAGCCUUUGCCAUGUGUUGAAAUAAGGCUGGAUUAUUUCCCCCCGCAUCAAACUUCUCUGUCCUGUCACCAUCUAACUACAGGGAAAUAAUUGCCUUUUCCUUAAGUUGACAAACUUGUGUUUAAGUUCUCAUAUUUAUGUAAACAGAAAGUCAGUCAUAAACUGUGGUGCCGUGCAGGAAGUUUACUUUAAGAGGCAGAUAAGGAAGGGAAAGUUACUACGAUUUCAGUCCCAGAUUGAAAUGCAGAUGAGUGGCAAAUAAAACGAGCUUCAUUGUGACUGUUAAACAGUCACUGUAGGAGCUGUUACAUGUGUCAUGUUGUUCAUCUACGUAAAUAAGCAAGUUAGACGUGUGUUGGUGCAAUGAAAUAUCCCAUAUAAAGUGUUUCUGACUGUUGCAACAGCGAGAUGCCAUGAAAGCUUUUCCCAGUUGAUCGUUGUCGAUCUGACAUCGUCUGUCCGGAGAAAGAAAAUGUGACAUCUCUUCAGUAUUUAGUUUGAUAAUAUGGUACAUUUGGUACGUUUUUAUUUGUCAAAUGAGUGGUCAACUGUUUCUAGUCAUGCAGAUCAUUCUUAUCAAAACAGUAUUAUUUUAGCCGGCAAUAAAAAACAGGUAUUUACAGAAUAUUAUGUUUUGUCACAGAAGCAUACCAGACAUUGUUUUCUUUAAGAAAGUUGUCAAUAAAGCAUGUUGUUUUUAACUGUCUCGUAAAA